CCAAAAUAUCAACUCCCAAAGCCUCAAAUAUCUCACAAAUAUCUCACAAAUAUCUUUCCCGUCUACUUCGAAAGAUUUCAGUCAUGUCGGGGAUCAUAGAUAUGUGGACCAGUGAGCUUGCCAAGUUGCAGGAGAAGGGUCAAACCCGCCUCUUCCCGAGUGGUUCGAAUCGGGCCCGUGUUGAGUCUACUCAAGUGGCUGGACCACAAGAGAGGAACUCCAGUAGGUUAGCUCCAGCUUUUGUUGACCGAUUCAUGCAACCAAAGCUUUCUGAAGGUUCUGUUUCCAUGAUUGUUCAAUGGUUUAGCCCUUGAAUAAGCAUAAAGAGGAUUAUAUGACUUGUUGGGUUAGUUCCCUACGUUUUAGCUUUUACUUUUCUUUGUCUUGAACUAUGUAAAAAUUUCUUCUUCUAAAAAAACGAUGUAGAAAUC